UCUGUUUUUCCUCAUUAAUUUGGAAGAAUACAAUUCCACCAAGCAUCUAAAAUAAAUAAGUAAAUAAAACCAGGACAACAUUGCAAGGAAUUUUGGCACAUUUUGGGGGCACUUCUCACACAAUUAGCAGUGUUAUUUAUUCCACAGUAGCACAAUCCUGACAAGCUAUACCUUGUCAUAAAGGUGACUAAUCAGGUAUCAUUAAAGAGGAGAAAAAAUUGACCAAAACAGUAAUUUCCUUACUUUUUGUGCUAAAUGAAAUUGCUAUUGAAACAUGCCCCCCAUGAUCUACACUGUUUAGUCCAAUUCAGGAUUGCAGGGGAGCUGGAGCCUAUCCCAGCAAUUAGCCUGCGAGAGGCAGGGUACAGCCUGGACAGGUCCCCAGUCCAUCACAGGCUAUUGAAAUAUGAAUGAAAAUUUUUUGUCCUGCAGUCACAAAGUUUAGAUUGCAAAUCAAGAAGUUUUUCUUGUUGAUGAGAUUAAUCUUAUCAAAACAAACUUUGCUGAAAGAUAUAAAACACGUUUUUACUGGUCAAUUACACUUAAAUAAGUGUGACUGCAUUAUAAAUACCUAAAAUAGCUAAAUUAUCAAAUAACAUAAUUAAACAAGUGAUCAGUGUAGAGCAUGUGAUGCAUUGUUUAUUAUAAUUACCUAACAAUAUAAUGAAUAUCGUGUUGCAUUUCACUGCAACUCAGGAUGUUGACUGAUGACAAAAACUCUGAUGAAUCAGUAGAUCUUAUAUCACUGGCUUCUUAUAGUAUUGCAAAAAAAAAAAAAUCCCAAAAGUAUAUAGAUUUGUAUUUAAUCAUUCCAUUAUUUCACUCACACAGUAGAGAUGUUGUCAUGAAACAAAUGAAAAUUGUUUUAGGAAGCUACUACUGCAGAUCUAGUGCUCACUGGAAGCCUUUUCUUAAUAAGUCCCUUAGGAAUUGCUGUUGACGUGUCAUCUCAGCAACCCUUGUGUACUCUGGAUUUAUGAUGUUUGACACUCCCACACACGUUUUGUAGUUUUGUAACUUGACAGAAUCUGAAGACAUUUUCUAAAGGACAGCAGAGCUACUUACUUAGGAGCAGAAUGUGUUUUUUUCAAUAUCACAUAUGUAGAAGUAAUUUGUGGAUUUUGCAUACAGCCUUGACUGAUUGAACGUUUUAUUUGAACAAAAGAUAAAUAAAAAAAAACUCCCCUAAAACCCUUGAGCGGUUAUCAACCACUUUAAAGCGGUUCUACCUGCUGUGCAGUUCUGGCACAUGCACUCAGACUAUUCCAUUAAUGGUGUUUGAAGGGUAAAAACUUGGCAGAUGAAUGUUUUUCUAAUUUUUUUUAAGUGCAGUUAAAAACAAGUCCCAGCAGAUGAUGCUGUUUCCCUACUGCCAUCAUUAGUGAAUGGGCUGAUUGUGUGUGUUUGUGAUUGAACUUAAGAUCAAGUAUGCCAUUUAAAAAAAUAUUUCUAAGGUUCUCUAUCUUAUUUUGAUUGUUUCAACUUUUCCCAUACUUUGUCUCAGCCCACUUUGGUACAGAUACUUCCACCCAGUCACUGAGUAUUAAAUGUCCAACUUGGCAUACUGGUUUUACCACAUGAGUAAACCACAUAGCAAACAUUGUGUCACACGGCGUCAUUCACACAGUUUCACUGAAGCUGUUAACUUCAAGAGGUCAUUCUUUGUUUCACUAACUUUAGUCAAGUCUUUUAUUUGGCUGUUGCUCUCAGCACAUUUCUUUAGGAGGAUAGCACCAUCCUGCUGAGCUAAACCAUUUGUGGAUUUCAGUUUUUGUAUUGGAUAUUUUAUUUUCUUCUUCUGGUAACAAAAUGUCCCACCCUAGCCCUCUGGAUUUAGACAGAUAUAGUAACUUGGAUAAAUCUCGUCGGUCGAGCAGUCAAAGCCAGAGUGGUCGCGCUCAGACCAGUCGGACCCUGACCAGGGCCCAGGCCAAGUCUGGGGAAGUCCUGUGUGACUUCUGCACGAAGAGGCAGAAAGCUGAGAAGUCCUGCUUGGUGUGUCUGGCAUCCUACUGCGAGGCUCACCUCCAGUCACACUAUGAAUACCCGGCCAUGAUGAAGCACAAACUGGUCAAAGCGACGGGUCAGAUGAGAGAGAAGAUCUGUGCUCAACAUGACAAGCUGCUGGAGGCUUUUUGUCGUACCGAUCAGACAUCAGUCUGUGUUCUGUGCAUGAUGGAUGAACACAAACACCACGACAUCGUCCCAGCUGGAACUGAGAGGACAGAGAAACAAAAACAACUUGGUACCACUCUGCACAAAUCUCAACAAAGGAUUGAUGAGAGAAUUAAAAAGUGGCAGGAUCUUCGACAAGCUGUUGAAUCUGUAAAACACUCUGCUGACACAGUUCUGCAGGAGAACGAACGGAUCUUCAGCGAGCUUUUGCUUUCUAUAGAGAGGAAGUACAAUGAAGUCAAGGAGAUGAUCCGCUCCCACGAAAAGAUCACUGUGACUCGGGGUGAAAUACUGCUGGACCGCUUUGAAGAGGAGAUCACGUUGCUGAGGAAGAGACAUGCCAACCUGGAGAAACUCUCACACGCUGAUGAUCACAUACACUUUCUGCAGAGCUGGCAGUCUCUGUCCGGCCCCUCGGGAUACGAAGACCUUAACAACAUCAGUGUUGCUCCUUAUUACUCCUUUGAUGCUACGAAGAGAGCCAUUGCUGCUCUGAAAUUACAAGUAGAAGAAGUGUGCAAGACAGAAAUGAGCAAAAUCUCAGGAGCAGUGAAGGAAGUGUACAUCACACAAGAAGCUGAGACAAAGACAAAGAGAGAAUCAAUUCUGAGGCAAGAACCAAGGAUCAGAGAAGAACCAAGGACAAGAGAAGACUUCUUAAAAUACUCUUGCCAGCUGACUCUUGAUGUCAACACUAUACACCCAAACCUUCACCUCUCUGAGGGUAACAGAACAGUUACGAUGAAAAGUGAACCUAAGAAUUACCCUGACCACCCAGAUCGAUUUGACCAUUGGCAGGAGGUGUUGUGCAGGGAGAGUGUGACUGGGACUCGAUGUUACUGGGAGGUGGAAUGGAAGGGAACAGAGGUUGAUGUGGCCGUUACUUACAGGGGAAUCCGCCGCAAAGGAAACAGCAAUGACUGCAGCCUGGGCUGGAAUGACAAGUCCUGGAGUUUGUAUUGCUCUGACUCCAAGCUCUCCUUUGUGCACAACAAUAAAAGCACAGACAUUUCAGCACCAGUGCCGUCCCGUAUUGGCGUCUACCUGGAUCAUGCAACCGGAACACUGGCAUUUUACAGUGUGUCUGAUGGCAUGCGCCUCCUGCACAGUGUCCAGGCUACGUUUAAGGAGCCCCUUUACCCAGCUUUCAGUGUGUGGGGCUUUGGCACUACCAUAAAACUGUAAAUGAGGCCCGAUAGCAUUUGUUAUUUUGGUACAGAUUUGUAAUAACCCCAAUAUUUAUGGGAAACUUGAUGCAGGGUGCAUGAUUUAGUCUUGUUAGUUUCACAUUUUGUUAAAAGCUAGUUUUCUAUUACUGUUUUGAUUACUGUUGUUUAAAGGAAAUUAAGAUGAUUUGUGUCUUGAAAAGGUAAGAAAUAACAGAUAAUAACAUUUUUUUGACAUCUUCAAGCAUUUUCUUAUUCUGGUAAAGCAUGUUAUGGUGACUGGCUUAGAUUCACUAAAAAAGGCUGCCAACAACAAUGAUUAAAAUGAAUGUAAAGUUGUAUGGUUUUUUUUAUGUUGCAUCAGAUUUGGGAAAGUUGCAGCUAAGAAUUAUGUAAUCAUCAUCAGGCAUCAGAUCUUUUUCAGAUCUCUUAAUCAAUGGUCAUUUUGCAUCAUUCAUGCUGCUCAGUGCGUGGUACAGCCCCCCUGACUCACAUUUCUCUUGUUAUCCUCAAGUCAGACAUUGCGUUGAGAGCCUUUUGCUCCCCCCAGACUACGCGGAUUGUGUCAAAAUAUGUUGUUUGUUCCAUGGUCUCUUUUGAUUUUACCUGGGAAGUAUGGGAUAGAAAUUUAAACUGUGAAGUGCCUUUGGAAGGACGCACUGUCCUAAAUUGCUGCUCCAUCUCUCUAAACCUCAGGUUGAUUCAGUUCAAGGUUUUACACAGAUUUAAAAAAAAACAAAGCUGAACAAAAUCUUCCCAUCUGUGCCCCCCAAUUGUGAUAGAUGUCAUAAAACAGAG